AUGUCAAAGACCGAGGGCGCCACUUACACCCACGGCCACCACGCCUCCGUUCUCCGCUCCCACACAUGGCGCACCGCCGCCAACUCGGCCGCCUACCUGCUGCCCCAUCUCACUCCCUCCAUGAAGAUACUCGACAUCGGCUGCGGCCCAGGAACAAUCACUGUGGACCUGGCCGCGAAGCACGUACCGCAGGGCCACGUUACGGGGCUCGAGAACGCCAGCGCGGUGCUCGUCCAGGCCCGCCAGCUGGCCCAGGAAAAGGGCGUCACCAACGUUGAUUUCGUUGAGGGCGACGCCAACGCGCUGCAGUUCGCCGACGAGACGUUUGACGUGGUCGUCUGCCACCAGGUGCUGCAGCACGUCAAGGACCCCGUCAACAUCCUGCGCGAGAUGCGCCGCGUGGCCAAGACGGGCGGCAUCGUCGCCGCCAGGGAGUCCGACUUUGGCGGCUUCGUGUGGUACCCUCAGGUCGACGGCAUGGACGACUGGCUGGCCCUCUACUCGGCCAACGCGCGGUCCAACGGCGGUGAGCCCCACGCCGGCCGCAUGAUCCACGCCUGGGCCAAGAAGGCCGGCUUCGCGCCGGCUUCCGUCACCAGCGGAUCGAGCACCUGGUGCUACAGCACGGCUGAGGAGGUCGCCUGGUGGAGCGGCCUGUGGGCGGAGCGGACGGUGGCCUCGUCAUUUGCGAAGACAGCGCUAGAGAACGGCACGGGGACCGAGGAGAGGCUGGACAAGGCGGCUGAGGCGUGGACGAGAUGGGGGAAGGAGGAGGAUGCAUGGUUUUCAGUCGUUCACGGUGAGAUCAUCUGUCGCAAGUGA